UUCUUUUCCUGCAUUUGGUGACACCAAAAUUGUGGGAAGUUUAUUUCAUUCGGCGUGUUGCUGUGUUUUUCCUUUGCUUUGAAAAAAAUAAAAACUUGCAAAAUAAAGCAAGAAUAGUUCAUAAGAUUUAAACUGAAAUAUGUCUUCGUUAUUACAGAAGCCAAAAAGUGAAAUGACGCCCGAAGAGUUGGCGAAGCGGGAGGAGGAAGAAUUUAACACAGGUCCUCUUUCUGUGUUGACACAAUCUGUAAAAAAUAAUACUCAAGUGUUGAUAAAUUGCCGAAACAAUAAAAAACUUCUCGGCAGAGUGAAAGCUUUUGACAGGCACUGCAACAUGGUUCUUGAAAACGUGAAAGAAAUGUGGAUGGAAAUGCCAAGGACUGGUAAAGGAAAGAAGAAAGCUAAGCCUGUCAGCAAAGAUCGUUAUAUUUCAAAAAUGUUUCUUAGAGGAGAUUCAGUAAUUUUGGUUUUAAGAAAUCCUAUCCCAAUGCAGAAGCCUUGAACGUAAUUCCCCCCCCUAUGAACAUUUAUCACCAAUCAUUAUGUAUAAAACAUAUUGUCAAAAUAUAGUUUUCAUUUCUUAUACCUCUUACGUCAGUUUUUAUGGUUAGAUAAGUUUAAUUCAAGCAUAUAUCACAAAUUUUAUUGAAAUUAUUAAUUUCUCUAUUUUACUGUACACAGAUUGCUUUUGUGUAAAAUAUUGUAAUUCUUUUCAUAGAGGACAGACAUGUGAAGUAUUUUUAAGGAAGUAUUUAGAUUUGUAACAACUGAAAAAGUGAUGAUUAUUAUAUUUUUUGUAACAUUUAACAAUAUUUUCUGUGCACUUCAGAUCUUGCCACUUCAUGGAAUUCUUUUUGGAACUUUUUUGGGUAUUUUUAUUCUGAAACUUAAAUAAUUAAAAUUAUAAGGUGUUGAAAUU